CGUACAAGUAGCAGAUUUCAUUGUGCAUUAUUUUUAUUUUAUAAUAAUAAAUCCCUGAAAAAUACCAUUAUUUUUUUCGCCUCUAAUUUAACACGAAUUUUUUAUAUAUAAAAAAAAAGGUCAAUUCGCUAGGGUUUGAGCUUAAUAAUGUAUGUUGUCGUCUACUGUUCAAACUCAAGUUUGGAGUUUUGAGAUCAAGCUUUCCAGUGCUUCUGUUCAGUUCGGCUGGAUCACACCCUAGAUCAAGCGAAGCCCUUCAACCACUGAUCACUCUAUAAUUCGCGACAGGCAGCCAUCGCUGAAACCCACUUUCUUCCGAGAGAAAUAGAGUAAUCAAAUGGAUGAAGAAAAAGGAGAAAGAGCAGAAGCACCAAUUUUCAAAGACAGACGCCGUUAUGUAUGCAAAUAUUGUGGAAUCUGCAGAUCUAAGAAGUCUCUCAUUACCUCUCACAUCCUCACCCAUCAUCCGGAGGAAAUCGACGAUGGAGGAAAGGAAGAAGAGGAAAUUUCGUCGUUGAAUACAUGUGAACAAUGUGGUGUUACAUUCAAGAAGCCUGCUCAUUUGAAGCAACACUUGCAAAGCCAUUCUCUUGAGAGGUCAUUUGUUUGUUUAGUUGAUGAUUGCCGUGCUAGCUAUAGGAGGAAAGACCACUUGAAUCGCCACCUUCUUCAGCACCAAGGAAAGCUUUUCAAGUGUCCAAUUGAAAACUGCAAUCGAGAAUUUUCAAUUCAAGGCAACAUGAAAAGGCAUGUGAAAGAAUUUCAUGAUGAAGAGUCAACUUCCCCUGACGUUGGAAGUCAGAAACAACAUGUUUGCCAGGAAGUAGGAUGUGGAAAGGUGUUCAAAUUUGCAUCAAAGCUGAGAAAGCAUGAGGAUUCUCAUGUUAAGCUGGAUUCGGUGGAAGCCUUCUGUUCUGAACCAAGUUGCAUGAAAUAUUUUACCAAUGAGCAGUGCCUUAAGGUUCAUGUGCAAUCAUGCCACCAAUAUAUUACUUGUCAAAUAUGUGGGAAAAAGCAGCUGAAGAAGAACAUCAAGCGGCACCUUCGAUCACAUGAAUCAGGAGUUGCAUCAGAAAGAUUUAAGUGUGAUUUUGAGGGUUGUCUUCAUACAUUUUUAACAAAAUCAAAUCUGAAACAGCAUGUCAAGGCUGUGCAUGAAAAACUCAAGCCUUUUGCAUGUGGCUUCUCUGGUUGUGGCAUGAGAUUUUCAUACAAGCAUGUUAGAGAGAACCAUGAGAAAUCUGGGUGCCACAUAUAUGUUCCUGGGAACUUCAUAGAGUCCGACGAGCAGUUUCAGUCAAGGCCAAGGGGUGGGCGGAAGAGGACAUGGCCCACUGUGGAAACGCUUAUUCGAAAAAGAGUAACUCCACCUCAGAUGGAUGCGACGAUGGAUGCAACGAUGGAUCCAGGGCAUACACUUGGUUGCUCUUAACAAAUUAGGACUAACCUUUAUACUAUAUGGGUAAUAUAUUUUCAAUAACCUUUAGACUACAGACUUUUUAGUAAAACUAAACUUGGUAAUGAAUGGGCAGAGUGUAUAUUAAUAUAUGUGGGUUAUAUAUAUUUAUUUAUUGUUGCCAUUGGUGGUUGUUUUAUCCAUAAAAUUGGGUGAGGGAAUUUAUUUUAAUACAAUAAGCUAGUUGGUUAAUUGUAAAAUGCCUUCACUCUUCACCGCAAAAGAGCCUUUACCCCUACACUGACCGGUGCCAAGGGCUCGGAUGCAUUUGUGUUAGCCCUUCAACAUUACAACAUUGGGUAUCUUUCCUAACAGAGAUUUUCUGAUAAUUAUCUUCUUAAGAUUUGGAUGUCAACCCUCAAAGGGAGCAUAUAAUUUACAAUUACUGUAGUACAAUUAAUCAAUUAUAAUUCAGUAUU